AUGACAAAUCUCAAACAAAAUUCCAACUUUGAGCCAUUUUCCCAACUGACCCAACUUCCUGGCAUUAGAUACUUCUCUUCCAAAGAGUUUAUGGAUUUCGACUCAAGAAAAUCAAUUUAUGAUCGUCUUUUGGAGGCAAUUAUAAAUGGCAAAAACAACAAGGUGGGAUUGUAUGGUAUAGCAGGCUCAGGCAAAACCACUUUGGCAAAGGAAGUGGGGAAGAAAGUGGAUGAGUUGAAGCUUUUUGACAAGGUCAUCAUGGUAGUCGUUUCUAAACCCCCAAAUAUUCUGAACAUUCAGCAAGAAAUAGCAGGGCAAAUAGGCUUGCAAUUUCAAGAGGCAACUCAACUUACUAAAGCACAAAGGCUAUCAGAAGGAUUGAAAAAUAAGAAGAUUCUUAUAAUCCUGGAUGAUUUGUGGGAGCAUCUAAACCUUGAAGAUAUUGGCAUUCCACUUGUUGAAGGUUGUCAUAUCUUGUUAACAACUCGCCUUCGCAAUGUAUGUGGCUCCAUGGGUUGUGAGCCUAAGAUUGAACUACCUUUGAUAACUAAGGAGGAGGCAUGGGACUUGUUCAAGAAGCAUGCAGACCUAUGCAAUGAUCCCUCAAAUAUGUUUGGUGAUGUGGGAGAGAAGAUUGUUGAUGAGUGCAAGGGGCUGCCAAUUGCAAUUGUAGCAGUUGGAAGGUCCUUAAAGGGAAAACAUAUUGAAGCAUGGGAAUCAGCAUUAUGGAGACUAAGACACUUCCAACCGUUGAAUGUUGGACAAGGUUUUGUGAGUGCUUAUUCAUGCCUCGAAUGGAGUUAUAGUAGUUUGCCCAGUUCCACAGCCAAGUCACUCCUUUUAUUAUGCUCUAUGUUCCCUGAAGAUCAUGAAAUCCACAAAGAAGAUUUAAUUCGAUUUGGCAUGAAGACACUUGAGUCAGAGGAGUCUAUUGUUACAAUAGAGGAUGCAAGGAGAGUGAUUUUUGAUGCUCUUGAGAUCUUGUUGGAUUCUUGUUUGUUAGUCAGUAUAGAGAAGAAAGCAUGUGUAAAAAUGCAUGACUUAGUUCGUGAUGUAGCCUUAUGGAUUGCAAAGAAGCAAGGUCAGGUGAUUUUGGUGGACAGUAGUGAAGUUUCAAACAUUUUGCUUGGCUAUCGCCAAAAUCUGAAAGAUACAAAAGCACUCUCAUUUUGGGAUUUAGAUGAUAAUUUCAAUCUCUCUUAUCAAUUGCAUUGUUUGACACUAGAGAUUUUGCUACUUCAACCUCAUGGGUUUAUUGAAGAUUUGGGAGCAGUAAAAGCACUCAAAGUCUUGGCACUCAUAAAGUAUGGCUUUGAAUGGGGAUUUCGGAAGGGCUUGGAAUGGGGAUUUCAAAAGCGAUCAUCUGUUUGUUCAAUCCCACAAUCAAUUGUGUCAUUAACAUAUCUUCACACCUUAUGUAUUAGAGGGAAAAAAUUGGGUGAUAUCUCUCUAUUGGGUGAAUUCACAACAUUGGAGAUUCUUGACUUACGUGGUUCUUUGUUUGAUGAAUUGCCUGCUGGAAUUGUAGACAUAAAAAUGCUGAAACUUUUAGACAUAUAUGAUUGUCGAAUUGAGAAAAGCCCUAUAGAAGUAAUUGGUAGAUCUUCUUAUUGUCCUUUACUGGAUGAAAUAAUUAUAUGCAAUUGCUCUGAAUUUGAGAGGCUCAUUGAUAAAGACGCUGCACAAGGGGAUCCACUACUUCAUGAUAUACAAGAUUAUCCACAUGGAAAGGAGACUGACAGUGCUUAUGUGGGCGUUAUAGCAAAAAGAUUCAAUCAAUUGCAAAAUGAGCAAUCCUUGAUCCUUUUUCUAAGGUUGAAAAGUGUACACAUUGAAAGAAGUGGAAAAAAGAAAGGUAUAUUGGAAAUCCAAGUCAGAGGAAGAGUAAAAGAUGAUGAAGAAUCUAUUAAAGCCCAAGAACCUCCAAAACUGGAUUCAGAGUUGAGUGAAUUAACAUUAGAUGGUCUACCAGAAUUGGAAUAUAUUUGGAAGGGCCCCACCCAAAUUGUGAGCCUCCAUAGACUUGAAAAUGUUUUAUUGUGGAGCUGCCCAAAAUUAAAAAGUAUCUUCACUCUUGUUAUUGUUGCAAGCCUUCCAGAGUUGAGAACACUUCAAGUAUAUGAUUGCGAGGAAUGGGAGGGAAUAUUUUGUGAAGAAUCACUCAAAAACCUCUCUUCUUCUAAUAUUUGCUUCCCCAAACCUAAGCAGAUUUUCAUACGCAGUUGCAACAGAGUGAGAUGGUUGUUAUCUUAUUCUGUGGCAUCUCAUUGUCCUUCACUAGAGUUUAUAUCCAUAGACAAUUGCUCUGAAUUUGAGAGGCUCAUUAACAGAGAAGCUGCACAUGGGGAUCCACUACUCCAUGAUUAUCCAUAUCACUGUCCAAAAUUAAAAAGUAUCUUCACUCUAGCUAUUGUUACAAGCCUUCCAGAGUUAAGGAGACUUGAGGUAGAAGGAUGCCAUGAAUGGGAGGAAAUAUUUUGUGAAGAGUCACUUAAGAAUCUGUCUACUACUUCCGCUGUUUGCUUCCCCAAACUUGAGACCAUUCGUAUAUGGCAUUGCCGCAAAGUGAGAAGGGUGUUCUCGUAUUCUCUGGCAUCUCAUUGUCCUUCAUUGAAGCAAAUAACUAUAUGGAAUUGCUCUCAGUUGGAGAGGGUUGUUGGAGCUUAUGAAGGUGAAGUAGCUGCUCAUCAUCAAAGGCUGUUUCCUAAACUGAAUGAUUUGGAUCUCACGAAGUUGCCAAAGUUGAGAGAGAUUUAUGAAAGUUAUGAAUUCAACCACCUUCCUGGUACUCUAAAAAUAGAAAAUUGUCCAAAGAUAUCAAACAUCCCAUUAGACGACAAGCCCUCAUCAUCAGGUUCGUAG